AUGCGUUUCUUAACAUUUACUUCAUCAUUGAUUAUUUAUUUAUUAGCAGCUAUUGGAUGUUUAUUGAGUUGGAUGUAUUAUGUUAAUGAUGCUCCUUGGACAAUUGAUAAUAAUAGUAAUAAUGCAUUAUUAGGUUCUUCAAAUUUAUCUAUGGAUCAAUUUUUAUCAUCAUUAAAAUCAGAUUCCUUCUCCGAUCCAAAACAAGCUUCACAAAUUGUUAAACAAUUACUUACAGCACAAUAUCAAUUCUCUGCUCUUUGCUUUUUACUUUCAAGUGCUCUAAUUUUACUGAUUGUCUUUUUCGCAACAAGAAAUAGAACAUUAACCUUGUGGACUCAUGUUGCUCUAUCCGUUUGGUUGAUUUUAUUUGGUCUCGUUUUAAAACCAUACUCUCAACAAUCUCUUCAUAAUAAGAUUUAUUAUUUUGCUCUCGUUGGUAAUUUCAUUGCUCUUGCUUUAUAUGCUGUACAUUUGAGAAAUAUUAGAGCAUUAAGAUUGGAAAAACAAGCUGAAAAAAAGACUGAAUAA